AAAAAAAAAAAAAAAAAAAAAAAAUGAGCACUGCACCAAACAACUUAGAUUUAGUGGAAGCUUUGCAAUCUACGGGAUGCAAAUUAUUCUAUCAACCUCCAAACGAUAUAAAUAUUUAUCAUGUUACUUGUGAAAUGGUUUUUCAAUCGGAAAAUUCUGUUUCCUGUGACGACGAUAUUUUUGAUUACGAGUUUUUUUAUCAAAAUUAUCAUGUUAAAUGUAAAUUAUUAUCGCAUUAUUUGGUUGUAAAUAUGUUGAAUAAGGAGAUUUAUAAUAGAGAUUUUGAUGCAAACGAGUUAAGACAUAGGUAUUCAUUAACUUCUUAUCAAAAAUUAAAUCUCGAACUAAAUUUAAGGGAAAUUCUUCCUCUUUAUCUCUAUAUCCCAAAUGGAUCUUUACAUGGAAAUACUGAAGGAAAUGUGACGCCAAAUCAAAUUUAUUCCGACAAUAAUGUGCCCGAUAAUAAUUGUGUCGUUUAUAAUCAUGUUACAAAUGAAAAUGCUCGUCAUCAACAACAAUAAUAUUAACAAUUACUUAAUAUAGUAUUUAUAUACGAAUUAU